UCCCUCCCACCCUCCCUCACUCUCAGUGCAGCAGUUCACGGGAAACGAUCCAGCUGUGGGCGACUUUUACCAAUACACGCUCACUGCUCCUCUCAGUUCUUCAGCGACUGCGCCAGAGAUGCCUCGCCCACCCCGGUGAGAGCCCCCGAUUGUUCCUCUUCUUCCCUUUUCAACAAUGAGAAAAGAACGAUUAUUAUUGGCCGUAACCCUCAUCGCCAUCUUCUCCGCUGACCUCUACUUCAUCCUCCUGCCUAAGCUACGCAACGUUGAAGGAUUGGGACAGUUUUGCUCGUGUCGCCGUGGCAACUUCAUCUUCCCCGCUCGGUUCUCCAUCUGGACUUCUGUCCCGCUCCAGGAUGUGUACGCUUCUGGACUCCCCAAUGGGGGUUCUAAACUUGACAGCUUGUUCGCCCAUCCUUUGUAUAACAUCCAGAACCCGACGCUGGAAGCAGAGGAGAGGUUGCUCCAGGUGGAGCUCCUGAUGAAUUACUACAGGAAGAAAAUAUCACGAUGGGAAAGACACAUGAAGUUGUACAACGAAGCCGCGUCGACCUCCAACAUCACCAUGACCCAACACCGAGUGGACUUUGACGUCGACGCUAGCUGGCUCAAGUUCCACACGGGAAUUAGUCGCCAUGCUCUGUACUCCCGUCAUGACCCUGCCGUCACGCGGCUGCUCGCGGACAUGCGGGACAUGAUGGUGGUCAACGCAGAUUACACUCAAGAUGAGAAGGCCCUGAAAGGAGCGUGUGAUUGCAGCCAAGUGGUGAAGCCCAGUGGGCACCACCUGAAACUGGCGCUGAAGAUGCAGAACUUUGGCAAGGCCAUGUUCAAGCCAAUGAGGCAGGAGAGAGACGAGGAGACUCCAGAUGACGUCUUUUUCUUUGUGGAUGUCCAGAGACACAAUGCAGAGAUUGCUGCCUUUCACUUGGACAGGAUCUUGGACUUUCGAAGAGUUCCACCGGUGGUUGGCAGGUAUCUGAACCUUACAGGCGAAGUGCUCCAAGUGACCCGAAAUGAUGACCUACGGGCUGUUUUCUUCACCUCACCUGCAAACAACACUUGCUUUUUCUCCAAAUGCCUGUACACAUGCAAGACAGAAUACGCAGUUUGUGGACACCCCGACCUCCUGGAAGGUUCUUUGUCCGCCUACCUGCCCAGCCUCAGCAUCGCUCCCCGUAUCUCCAUCCCCAACCCUUGGAUACGCUCCUACACUUUCACCGGCCAGGAAGAAUGGCAGGUGAAUCCAUCCUACUGCGACAACAUAAAGAAGCUUUAUCCUUACAACUCAGGCAACCGGCUCCUCAACAUAAUCGACAUGGCCGUCUUUGACUUUCUUAUAGGCAACAUGGACAGACACCACUAUGAGAUUUUCACCAAAUUUGGCGAUGAAGGAUUUCUUCUUCACUUGGAUAACGCCAGAGGAUUUGGGAAGCACAGUCAAGAUGAGAUGUCCAUCCUUGCGCCACUCUCUCAGUGCUGCAUAAUAAAGCGGUCCACUCUCCUGCGGCUCCAGCUCUUGGCCCAACCGCAGUUCAGACUGAGCGACAUGAUGAGGGAGUCUCUGCUAAAAGACCACCUGCGGCCCAUCCUAACAGACCCGCAUCUCUCAGCCCUGGAUCGCCGCCUCGUGAAGAUCCUGCGAGCGGUCCAGCGUUGCACGCGCAAGCUGGGUUCCGACCAGGUCAUCACCAAUGACUUCAUCGGAGCUACGGUGAAGCCUCGGGCCAACGCAGAGAGCAAAAAGGCCAGGUAGCAGCAGACGGUGGCAGUCAACUCUGCUCCUUAAGACUUCAUGAUGAAGUGCAGUCGUUUCGAUUUUAAUGGAACAAGCCAGGAAUCAAUACUAGAUGCUGUGAAAGCUCCAGUGAGGGAAUCUGAGGAGGUUCCGCGUGAAAGGCAUCCAUCUGCGCAUUAUUGACAAGCCUGUUGUUGCACAUAAGCACAUGAAUGUUAACAAAAACAGCGCACAUUAAAUAUAAAGUUCGCUAAAGACAAACAGGGUAGACGUUUUAAGACUCAAUGUCUCCCUCUAGCGGCUUGAGUUGAAAAUAUUUUCAUAAAGGCACCCCAUGAAUAACACACAAAAUAAAACCCGCUUGAGUCAGA